AUGGAGGACCCAGUGGAUGAUGAAGAGAAGAGGGAUGAACAAGCCUUUGACGAACAAAAUAAUGACAUAGACUUCGUUUACAAUGAUGCAGAUGAAUAUGGUGUUGAGAUAGCUGAGCUUUAUAGCUACUCAGAAGAGGGAGAUUUUUUGGAAAAUGCUCAAGCUUUCGGAGAAACAUUUAAAACUCAAAGCAAGUGGGUCGAUGCAAACGAUCAGAUUCGUCGCGGUUAUGUCAUUAAACUUCUCGAUAUUCUUGAGUCCGCCGAUGGAGAAAAUCGAAUUAAAGCGGCUCGUUCUCUACUUUAUCUCCUACAGGGCGUUUUUAAGGAGUGUGAUCUUGAAGAAGAUCAGAUAACAUGGGCGAGGCAAAAUGUUUACCUUUGUAUUGAAUGUGGGGUGCUUUCCUCAAUUUUAUCUGUACUAUUACUCGAAAUUCGUUACGAUGACUGGGCUAAAAACUUGAGCUCAGCUAAUUUGGAUUCCACUAAUACCGAUCCAGUUAAGAAAACUUUGAUUACAAUAGUUGACAGUACUAAUAUACGGAUCGUCUUAUCUAUCAUCUAUAUUUUGGUUGAAACAGUUCGAGAUGGUUGUCAAACAGCUAAUUCUAGUAGUAACGGACACUCGGCUACAUCAACUAUGACGAAAACACAGCCCUCCUCUGUUGUAGAUCGAACAGCUAAACUUCGCGAGCAUUUCAUUGAAGAAUUGGGAUCUCCGAUUAGCAACGGGAACUGUCUAGCGAUUGUUCUCUUCGGAAUGGUACAUCGAUUUUGUAGUGGUCUAGCUCCACAUUUCCCCAUGAAAAAGACCCUUCUUUCCCUCUGGAAGACAGUUCUUCUUACUCUUGGUCCACUUUCCGGUCUUUUUGAACUUAAAAAUCGUCAGCGUCGAUUAGCCAAGCUCCCCGAAUUGCACGAAGAUACUCACAUUGUCAUUCGUCGGAUUCGUGCCAAUAGUCCACCGGCCAAUCCCGCUGACAAUAUCCUCAAUCGCCCCCUACGAAACAACAACAGACAUGCAGCUAUCGGUCAGGGCACCCAAGGACCUCAUCAAGGUAGCCUAGCUGGUGGCCGAUUAGCUGUUCAACAACAACUUGCUCAGCAGCAGUUGCAACAGCAGCUCAAUCAGCGACAAAUGCAGAGAAGAUGGAAUCCUUCUUUCUAUCAAUGUGGAACUAAUGGGGACUUGAAUUUGAAUAAGGAUGAUGAGAACUUAGGAGCUGCAACUCCACGUCCUGGUUCACCUGUUAGAAGCCCGGAGAGUGGUAAUGAGAUUGAGGAAAAGAAAGCGGUUGCAGCGGCUCAGUUCUCUCAUUCGAUAUUGUCCCAGCAACUCAUAGCUGGCAUCAUGAAUUCUUUAUCGGAUGUUAAGGUACUUCCCUGGAGACCGAAGGUUCGAACUAGUGAUAUUGAAAACUUCCUCGACAGUGCACGGCAGAAGUUUAUAGGCUUCAGAGUCAAUAAUGAUAUGACUACACUUUAUGGAUUGCCUGAGCCUAUUCAUGAAGCAGUGAAAGUGUUAAAGAAGUAUCACUAUGUCUCACUUGGUGAAAUUCAAAUUAAGAGAGAAGCGGAGUAUAUCAAAUAUCCAUUGUUACUGGGUAAGGAAGAUAUUCCGGAUACACCUGCUGAACGCCUCUAUGUUGCAAUGCUACCUCUUCUGCCGCAAUACAUGAUUGCAAUACUCAAAAUUUUAUUGGCUUCCGCACCCACCUCUCGUACCAAGACUGAGCCUAUUAACAUUUUAGCGGAAAUAACUCCCCUAGAAGCUCCAGAUAACCAGUUGCAGACCCUCAUAAUGAACUACGACGUGAAUCGGCAUCGGGAAAUCAUUGUAAAAGCAAUCUCUGGUCUGCUUCUCUUAUUACUCAAACACUUCAAGUUGAAUCAUAUCUACCAAUUUGAGUACAUCUCACAGCAUCUCGUCUUUGCUAAUUGCAUUCCUCUGGUGCUCAAGUUCUUUAACCAGAACACUCUCCUAUACGUUCAGGCUAAAAAUAGGUACUCUAGAUUUUUUGUUUUUUCUGACGUUUGCUUGUUUAGUAUCUCGUGUUUGGAUUUCCCAGCUCGAGUUAUCGGAGAAGUAUCACAGCUGACGCCUGAAAUGCUGGUAAGUGCCGGGAUUUUCGGAAAGUCCGCCCAGGGCGGUAAAAUGAACAAUUCCAUUUCAUGGAACUAUUUUUGCAACCAAAUAACCGUCCAUGGGUGA